UUUCAUUUAGCUGGCUUUUCCAAUUUCAUCUUGAUGAAUGCGAUUCUUCUUAUCAGAAUUCUCAAUUUCAGUUGUGUUUUUUUAUUCGAUGAAUUAUCAUAAAUGAUAAAUUGAUGUUUGUACACCGUGCAUUGCGCGAGCCUAGUUGGAUUCGGAAGGGGUAGAGUGAGCUGUUUGCGGAGAGAAGUGCGAGACGACUGCGAGCAUGUCCCAGCUGCGGGUAGCUACGUCCGGCGCUCCCGCAGGCGCCGUUGGCGGCACGACAUCUCUAGCUGCCGUUGACAAGUGGAGACAUUUUGAUUUGGUCGGACUGCAGGACAGCGCGGAUAACUCGGCGGCGGAGAUCGCCAAAUGGCAGGAGGACAGCGAAUCCUCCCGCUCGCGCCUCAUUGAGUUCAGCAAGGAAUUCCGCCAGACCGCGCCUGACGAUGUGCGGCGGCAAGUGCAGCCGCUGCUGAAGAGCUUCCAGACGGAAGUGGACAGCCUGCUCAAGCGCAGCAAAGCCGCCGAGUCCGCCUUCCUAUCCAUCUACCGCACCAUCCGCGAGCUUCCAGAUCCUGCGGCGCUGAUCAGCUGCGUCGACCGCCUCGAUGAAAAAGACAGCGAGAACAGUAGAUUACGCGACAGCAUGGCGGAGGUCAAUAAACAGCUGGCGCUGGCGAAAACCCAUGAUGAGGAGCGGCUUCGCCGCGCGGAAGCGGAAAUGGAGGAGAAAAUGUGGCAUUCCGUGCAGGAGCAGUUGUCCGUGGAGCUGACCGAGCGACAAGCGGAGUGGGCGGAGGAGCGCAGUGCUCUGGAGCGGCGCCUGUUGGACACCGAGGGCCAGGUGGGCAUUCUGCGCCGCGAACUGGACAAGUCCAUGAAGGCCCGCACCGCCACGGGAGCGGCUGUUUCCACCGACAGCGGCAAGACGGCCUUGUUGGCCGAGGAACUGGAACGAGCUAACCAGAGAGCGCUGACCGCCGAAUACAAAGUGAUGGAUCUGCAGCAGCAAGUGGCGGCGCUGCAGCGUCAAGCCGACCAAUCGGCCAACGAAAAUUCCGUCCCACAAUCGCCGAAUCGCUCCAGUUUCCGGGAACAGCAGACCCAACAGGAGUCGGUACAGCGUCUUCGAGACGAACUGGACCGCUUGAAAACAUCCUACCAGACCCAGUUCAACCGGCUGGAAGACCAACUGUCCGCAGCCAAUUCCCAGAACGCCACGUUACAAGCCAAACUGGACGGGCAGCGGGAUUACGCGGAGAUCAAACAGCAGGUGGCCCUGCUCAAAGCGGCCUACGACGCCGAGUGCGGACCCGCCGAUAGUCUGGAGUCGGUGCUGUUGGCGCGCAAUCGCCGGUUGGAGUCGGAGAAUGCCGCGCUGCGGGUCCGCGAAACCGAUUUAUCCGAAUCUCUGGAGAAGCUGCGCUGGGAUUUCAGCCAGCAGUCGCUCGUUGUGCAGGAGCAGAAGAGUCUAACGGAACGGCUGGAGAAUGACCUUUACCAGCUGAAAGAACUGAUGAACCCUGCGCUUUCUGAUCCGCUGUCGAAUCUCGUUGGCAGCUCGCCUGACUUCGUGAACGACGCCCUGCGCAGCAAGAACGCCCACUUGGCCUCCGCCCUUCCCGCGUCCCCCACCGGCGGCCCGCCCGAGCCCGACUCGACCGUCUACAGCGGUAUAUUAGAGCGGCAGCUGGCGCGCUUCCACGCCAAGACCAAAGAGCUGGAGGGCGUGUGCAGCGAGCAGCACAGCCAGUUGAUGGCGCUGAAGGGCCAACUGGAGGCCGCCAAAGCCGACAACGUGGGGCUGUACGAGCGCAUCCGCUUCCUGCAGAGCUACGACGGACGGAAGCACAAGGAGACGGCGGCGGCACUGGGGCGGGGUCACAGUACGGACGUGGAGAGCCGGUACGCGGUGGUGUACGAGGACAACCUCGAUCCCUUCUCUAAAUUCCACCGGACGGAGCGGUUAAGGAAGUACCAGUUGCUGAACCCGGUGGAUAAGGCUACGCUGGCCAUGGGUCAAAUGGUGCUGGGCAGUUCCCGCGGCCGGAAGAGCUUCUUCAUCUACGCGCUGAUCCUGCACCUGCUGGUCUUUGGCAUCCUGUACAAACUGGCGCUGAGCGAGAGCAAUCUGCGGGACUACUCGUACGACUGCGCCACCAGAUUCGCUGAACAUAUGCACAAAGAGCACCACACCUGAUUGUGGAAUCUCGGGCAUUCCUGUUGUGGAAACGAGAAGAUUGUUCGUUGGCGACCGUCGCUUAGUUUGCAAAGCGUCCUGCGUGUUUAAUCCAGUCAGCUGCCGGUGAUUAGCGUCUCUUCCAGUGUGAUCCAGGUGCGCAUCGUUUGUUGCCGGCGGAUCCCGUGGCCAAUCCGCCCGGUGGCCUUUUCCGGUGCGCAGUCGGCGGAUGUUGACGGGUUGGCUGCUGUGUAAUUAUCACAUGCUUCCUCGCUGUUGCCUGUAUGUCGCCCAGCAGCAAUUAGGCGUCGUGGCGACGCCUGCUCACGGGGAAAUUACUGCUUACCGGCCAUACCCAGGCGGGCUGUAAAAUGUAAAAAUAAUCUGUUUUCUCCGUCGCAUCUCCUUGAUAGUUUCGCUGAAAAGUGCUCCGUGUUAUAAACACGACUGUAAGAUGUAUUUUCUUAUAUUUCCCCCCCCCCCCUUAUUUCAUCUUUUAUUGGGUAUACUGUAUCUUUAUUCAGCGAUGGUGUCAGGAUUUGAA